AGCUGCGCCGCGGCUAUAUGAGCGGCUCUCCUCCUCUCCGCCAGUCAGAUCCAAACGCUCUGGUUUAACGGUGCGCAGCAGCUCCCUCACUGAGAUUACACGCCACAACAGAGCCACCCCUGCUUCUCCUGCCGCAGCGGACCCAUUCGGACCCACAACACAGUUUAUUUCCACCAGCACCAGCAGCACAGAGAGGAGCGGAACGGAACUUUGGAGAAAUGCAGUCUGUGUACCAGCACCUGAUCAGCCUGCUGUUCGUCUUCAGCAGCCUGCAGGUCCGUCAGCUGACCGAGGGCUGCUCCUGCGCUCUCUCGCACCCGCAGGACGCCUUCUGUAACUCCGACAUAGUGAUCCGGGCUAAAGUGGUCGGCAAGAAGCUCCUGAGAGAUGGACCUUUUGGAACAAUGCGCUACACCGUCAAGCAAAUGAAGAUGUACAAAGGCUUUGAAAAGGUUCAGCACGUGCAGCACAUUUACACGGAUGCCUCAGAGAGUUUGUGUGGCGUCAAGUUCGAGAUCAACAAGUACCAGUACCUGAUCACAGGUCGUGUGUACGAGGAUAAGGUCUACACGGGGCUCUGCAACUUCAAUGAGAGGUGGGAGCGCCUGUCGCUGGCACAAAAGAAGGGCUUCAACCACCGCUACCAGCUUGGCUGCAACUGCAGGAUUAAGCCCUGCCACUAUCUGCCCUGCUUCGUGACCUCCAAGAACGAGUGCCUUUGGACAGACAUGCUGUCCCACUUCGGCUAUCCCGGCUACCAGUCCCGGCACUACGCCUGCAUCCAGCAGAAGGAGGGCUAUUGCAGUUGGUACCGAGGCAUGACCACCCGCGAUAAAACCAUCAUCAAUGCUACUGAUCCAUGAUUCCAAGCACAUCCUGUCAGAAACCAACUUUCUCCCUCCCAGGUUCUGUCUCCAUCUUGAAUUACUUUUACUGGACUCGUGACGGCCUUCUUUAAAAGGCAGAAAAGAGCAGAUAUAUUACAGUGCCUGUCUGUAGCACUUCGGAUAGAAAAAAAAAAAACGUUGGUGUAAAGAUUGGCCUUUAACCUUGUAAUGUUUCCCACUCAAUAAUGAUCAGUGGUAGUAACAAUAGAAAUUCAUAGAUGUACACAAGAUGUUUAUCAGACGUUUAUACGGGAAGACAAUUAUCAACCUCUGAUGGGAUUUUGGAAAUUAAGGAACUGUCACUGGCCUUAAGCAGCUAAUCUACUGAUAAUUUGAUUGAUAUUUUGGCAAUACUGUGGAUCAUCUUUUAAAAAUGACACGCCAACCUAAAGAUGAUAUGAAAUAAAAUUGUUAUUACAAUGGUAGACCUUACUGAUGUAAAUCCUAUUAUCACUUCUGCACAUCACUUGCUAUCAACACUGCCAAAAUACAUUUCAAUAAUAAUUUUGUGCCACUAUCGGAGGUAUGAGGAUUAUACCUCUAUAUUCAAAUUCUGAAAACUUAGUGGAAAUGUAGUUUUAGAUCAGUUAUGUUCAGUUGUUACUGUGACAUCUGUCUUUUAAGAUGGUAGUACCUCUGCUUCCCUAAGUGGUUGCACCACAGCCACCAAACAAUCUCCUCCUUUGUUCUGCAUAAAUUAUCAUCUGAGAAAUGUUAACAUUGAUGCCGUGCCAAUGCAGGGAAGAGCUCUUUUUUUUAGUUGUGAUAUUUUAUUUUAUGCUGUGUGUAUAUAAAAGUAAGCUAAAGAAAUGGCAACAUCUCUAUAAUGCAUUUAUUUAUGUUUAUUGGAUUAAACAGUAACCCUGUUAUACAUGCAAAAACAGAAGGAAAAGAAGUAGGCUAAAAUAUAGGUUUGCCUACAUUGCGACCAGCAGAGUGACACAUCAAAUCAGAGUGAAGGAUAAGCAUCUAAAUUAUAUGGUACUUAUUGUGUUUGACCACAGCUCCCUUUGCUGGUACUAUUCAACAACCCUAUGAUAGUACAAUUUAAACAGGUUUCACAGUAUGAGAUGUUUUCUAAAUGUAUAUUCAAUCUUUUGUAUUUAACUAUUUUAAAUGAACAUUAUAUAAAUAUAUAUAUAUAUAUAUAUAUAUAAAUGAAAAUAACUUUAUUGUCACUAAGAUCAUUCUUCUUCACCUGUUCCAAUCUGGAUUUUGUUUUUCAUAUUGUUAGCUUCUCUUCGAUCCAUUCCAUUAGCAGACACAGACUUGCCUCAAAUGGAUUAACAACCUUUUUUUUAUCAGUAGAAUUUUAGUUUAAAUUCCCACAGGAGACUGUUUUUAAUUUACAGAAAACAAUUGUGUUUUGAAAACUGACAUGACUAAGAUCUGCAAUAUGAAUACACAGCUAACGUAGCAGCCUUGUAGCUUAGCUUACUUUACAUGUCAGCUAAGAUGUACCGAUGAACAGGAAGCAUCUUUUUGCUGUUUUUACCUGUCUUACUCAUAAAUUUUAUUAAAAAUCUGACUUUCCUAAAAUGAAUAGAUUUCAAGUUAAACUUUAGCUUCAGGCUAAAACCUUUACCCAAAUUUUAUGGACAAUCUUAAGCUAACCAACCAACUCUAGCUUGCCGAUUGCUUGCUUACCUUAUUAUUUUCUUCAAGCAACACGUGCCGAUUAAUUUUGUAUUAUUAAUCAAAAAGCGUCUUGAGAAAACAGAUUUUUUUUUUGCUUAAUGGGUCAUAAGUGUUUAUGAGGUUCUUCCUCCAGUUGUGGCAUUUCUGUGUUAUUAUGUCUGUGGUUUCUGUUCGUGUAAAUAUACUGUCUGCUUAACACAGAAACAAUUGGUCACGUUUGAACUAAAAAAGAGGAAAACUGAAGUCAAGAAAGCUGUGUACAGUCUGUGUGUAAGCACUGAUUUCUGAAUUGUGUGGGGUGGGUGGGGGUGUUACCUUGUAAGGGUAGAGAAAUGUUUGACUUAAUUUCUGUGUUUUAUAUUUUUAUAAUAAAGAAUCAAUGAAAAAUGGAUCAAA